AUGUCAGAUGAUAGCUCUGGUGAUGAAGAUGUUAAAUUUAUACCACAUCCAGUUGUAAAAGAACCAUCAAAGACUAAUAAAUCAAAAAAACCUCUAUCAAUAGAACCUGUUAUUCUAAAUGCAAUUAUUCUAAAUGUUAAUAUUAAAUAUGAUAAAGAUAACCAUGUUGAAGCAUUAGUCAAAGAAUUAAUGAUGCCAAAUGAAUAUCUUUCAAAAGGUCAAAAUGGACAACAUUUUUCAACACUUCAUCAAUAUGUACUUGAAUCAACACAUGAAUCAAUCGAUAUGAGUAAUCAAAAAGAACGUUUUACUUAUCAACCAAAUUUAUUUACACGAAAAAAUGAUGCAUUUGGACCUUGGAAUUUUAAUUAUCUACUAACACUUCUCUCACUCGAAUAUCAAUGUGGAGAAUCUGAUCGAAAACAAUUUCCUCCUAUAUGGAAAACUUGUCCAACAACAAUAGUUCAAGUAAAAAUUAUCAAAGAGUAUCAAAACAAUACGACUAAUGCAACGAUAAUUCAAGUUCCAACAAAAUUAUCCGGCAAAAAAGACGAUGUUACUCUUAGAGGCCUUUUUAAAAUUAUUUGUCGGCAAAAUCAACGUAGUGAAGAUUGUAUUCCGGCUUGGAUACAAGCUUUUCAAGCGGAAAGUAUUGCUACUGUUGAUCAUCUUCGAAAUGCAGUGGCUAAUGAAAGAAUCUGGGAUAGUAUUCAAUCAGUCAAACAUAUAGUUAAACAAAUGAUAAAGGAUUAUGUUCAAUUAAAUGAUCCUGCAACGGCAUUGAAUCUAUCAAAUAAUAUUUACAACGAUUCCGAUGCAACUUUAUAUGGUGAUAUUCAUCGAAUUCGACGUUAUUUCCAUUAUGUUACAAAAACAGUUCAACAUAUUAGUUAUCUUGAUCGUCGUGCUGUUGAUUUAGCUAUUAUUGAAAUACGACGAACUUAUGAUGAUGAUGGAAAUGUUUUAAAAAAUAUUCAUGCAUAUUUAAGAACAUUUUGUUUAAAAGAUAGAUCAGUCGAUAUGGAUGCACAUGAAAUACAAAAAACAGGAUGGAAUAAUGAAAAAGAUAGAUUAACAACAGAAAGUGAAGGAUUUCGAAAUGAAAUUGCAGUUCUUGAACAAGAAUCUCGAGGAGCAAGAGCAAAUGUUGAAAUGUAUAUUGCACGAUUGACAACUGUUGAAAAAGAAAAACAAAUUGCUAUGACUGCAGCAGAAAAAUUAAACACAACAGCGGCUACUUUGGAUCGACGUACAUCAUCGGCAGAUUGGAGUAGGCAACGAGAAGUGGCUAGAUUACAAGUAUCCAAAGCGACUGAAAAAGUUGAAACUGUAAAGAAUCAACUUGAACGAGUACAAGCUGCACUUAUAUUGCAUACUGAACCAAUGCGACAAAAGAAAAAUAAAAUUGCUGAAAAUGAUGCAAAACUUCAAAAUCUCGAAAUUUUUCUUCAAAUUAAUCCAAAAGAAGCACAAAAAAAAUUGUAUGUCAAAUACGGACGAGGAUUAUUACUCUAUGGACCACCAGGAACAGGUAAAUCUGAACUAUUAAAACGAGCUGCAAUAUUUGCUGGUAUAACAAUGACAACAACAGCUCUUGCUGCUGGAGAAUUAAAUCGUCCAUAUGUUGGUGAGACAGAACGUUUACUUGUUGAUAUAAUGUAUCGAUCAAAUACAAUACCAUAUUUAAUUUGUGCAUUGACAAUUGAUGAAAUAGAUGGUCUUGUACCAAAACGAACAAAUAAUGCUCAACAAUCAAAAGUCGAUGGUAUUAGUGUUUUACUAUCUCAUAUUGAAGGUGUUAAAAAUAUUCCUAAUUUAAUUGUACUUGGAGCGACUAAUCGACGAAAUAUGAUGGAUGAAGCAUUUUUACGUCGUAUGCAAGCAAAAUGUUUUGUUGGUCGACCAUCACCACAAAUUCGAAAAAAAAUGCUUGAACCAUUAAUAUGUUUGGAUGCAAAUAUUUUUACAAGUCAAUGUAUGGAUUUUCUUGUUAAAAUUACAACAAAUUUUAGUGGUGCUGCUGUCGGAGCACUUAAAUCAAGUAUUAUUGUUGCAAUGGAUACAUAUCAAGAAACAGGCUUAAAUGAAAAAAUAUUUCUUGAUUUAGCUGAUAAUGCAGCUAGAGAAUUUAGUUGUUGGUUUGGUAUUGGAACAUUACCUGAAAUUUGUCGUCUUUAUCCAAAUAUAUUUUUAUCAACUGAUCAACAAGAAAAAUACUCACUUAAAUUAUUAAAUAGUCAACCAACUGGUCGAAUACUUGUUGAUUUACUUGAUCAAAAAUGUUUAAUUGAAUUAAAAACAGAAGCAACACUUGAUGAUGAUUUAGAUAAUGAAGAAACAUCAACAAUAACUUUAAUUGCAAGAUUUAUUAAUGGUUGUCAAAGUCGAAAUAUUGAUACAAUUCAAAUUAUUGAUUUAAAUUUUUUAAUAAAAAAUAAUGCAUUUGAAGAAAAUCAAAUAUUUGAACUUUUAACAACAACAUUCGAAGAAUGUGAUGAAUAUAAUCGUUCAAUGUUAAUAUUUGAUAUUGAUUCUUUAAUAAUGCUUAGUGUAUCAGAUUCAUCGGUGUCAAAAUCAGUUUCAAUAUCAAAUAUACAUUUAUAUCAAUUUAUUCGAGAAAAAUGUAAAAAAGCUGUUGUUGAACAACCACCAACUGAUGAAAAUGCUCCGAAAAGUGGUAUAAGUUUAAAAGAAAAAUGGAUGGUAAUGAUUGUUAAACAUCCACUGCUUCGUAGUCUUUUAGUUGAAGAUAUCGAAUUUAAGAAAACUCUUCGACAAACUCAACAAGAACAUGAAGAUGAAGAAAAACGUCUCGAUGGUGAAACUAUUAAAACAUGUCCUAAAUGUCAUCGAACAUAUACUUCUUCGGAAAAUAAAUAUGGCAAUUGUCAAUAUCAUGAUGGAUAUAUUGUUGAUCUUGAUCAUGCAGAAAAAAAAUUAUCUCAAGAUGAAGCACAAAAAGAAAUUCAAAAAGCUCAAAUAAUUGCAUCUACUACUAGUGGAGAUUCAAUGGAAAAACUGCAAGCGCCCAAAUUAAUGUGGGCAUGUUGUUUGACAUUCUUUGGAGGAGGUGACCCGUGUAAACUUGGUGUCUGUGGAUUACCGGAAGGAAUAUCAAAAGAAGAUAUCAAGCCAAAUACAAAUUUAGUUACUCUUGUUCAAGAUUAUUUCAAGAAAAAUGAAAUAGCUGAGAAACAAAUACAAGAAGCCAUAAAUCUUUACAAACAAACCAAAACAAAAGUAGAAACAGCUGCUCUAAAAUCAACAACAGAAACUCCUAGUCGAUCAACAUUUACCGCAUCUUUACCUGUUCGUCGAAAAUAA